UUUUGUGAGAUAUUAUCUCAUUUUAUUAACAAAUAUUUUGUUUAUUUUAGCGGACGAAUAAAAUAUGUUUGCAGAUAAUUUAUUUAAAAUGCGUUUCACAUGGCGCAUCAUAAAAAAUGGGCGACACCAAAGACGGUCCUUGCAAAGACCCUUUCGUGCAAUCGGCCCCAUGAAAAUGGGAGUUCUUGUAGAAGUGUUUUCGCCAGAUUCUCUAAAAGGGAGAGGUGUGAGAGCAGUUUCAAGUAUUAAAGCAGGAACAUGUGUAUUAGAAGAUGAACCCUUUGUGUAUAUUUUGAAUGAAGAACAAUUGCAGUUUAGAUGUGGCCACUGUUUACGUGCAUUAUCCAUCGAAAACAAAAGUGAGAUUGGAUGUAAUAUCUGUAAGUCCUGCAAGAAAGUGGUUUACUGCAAUAAAAGCUGUCAGGAUGCAGACAGUAGAGAGCAUCGCUAUGAAUGUAAGGUGUUACAAGGGAAGGCUAAGGAUGACCUUACUCUCAGACUACUCACAAAGCUCAUCCUGAAAAGCAAGAAAUGCAAGUUUCAGAAAUCCAACCGGUCACUUAAUGAGUUUCCCUCAUCCUUCAGGGACCUUUGUUCAUCCAAACUCUCUUUGAAGGUUCGGGAUUGUACUUUGAGACUGUUCCGCCGUUAUGAGAAAAGCUGGAGGAGCAAACUAAGAAGCCAUCUUUCACCAUUUCAAGGUGAAGAGGUUCUGGAUACCUAUGAAAAACUGAAUAUCAAUACCUUCUCUAUGUAUGAUGAGAUGAAGAGGGUUAUCAUUGGACAAGCUCUUUAUAUCAGAGCUUCUAUGUUCAACCAUAGCUGUGAACCUAAUUGUACAUUUGUAUUUGAUGGAACCAGAUUAACUGUUAGAGCCAUUAGAAAUAUACAGAUUGGAGAAGAGUGUUGUAUAAGCUAUAUGAGUAGUCUUCUACCAACCAAUCUGAGACAAGAUAAGUUAAGAUCAACUUAUGGAUUCAUUUGCCAGUGCCCUCGUUGUUUGGAUAUUGAAAGGGACAGUCUUAUGUUGUGCAUCAAAUGUCCAAAUGAAAGCUGUCAUGGACCGGUUUUUUCUAACCAAGAUGGACUCUUCCAGACAUGCAAUAACUGCAAUACUGAAGUAACUUCAAUGGAACAUUCCACUGCAGUGAGUAGGGUGGAAGCCUUUUCAGAGGAAGUGCUAGAGGAAGUUAAAAAAGUUCACAGAGACACAGUGGAAUCCAGCUCAGAAAAUGACAAUAGUCUUGUAGUUAUCUUGAAGCAGUGCCUUAAGGAGCAGUCUAGUCUACUUCACCAGACCCAUCAUUGUGUGAUGAGGGUCCGUCUGGAGAUCAUGGAUGCAUGCUCUCACUAUGGCCAUUGGAAAGAGGCAUUAGAAGCUAGCAAGGGUCUACUUGAUGUUUUAAGGUUACAUUUGAGUAGAGAAGAUCCUUAUAUUGCUUUUUAUCUUUUGAAAGUGAGCAUCAUCCAUCAUAACCUUGGAGAAGCAAACAAGACAUAUGAGGUCUUAGAACAGGCCAUACCAUUGCUUGAGACCGCAUAUGGCGACAACCAUCUUGUAACACAACAUGCCAAAGAACUUCAACUCCAGUCUUCCCAAGAACUUCACACAUUGACCUUCUCAACAUUCACCAAAGAUUCUCUUCAAAUCCACCCAACAGAGUCAUUAUCUCAAGCAAUCAGAAUAUUAUUGUCAUGGGACCUGCUGUGAUUGCUCCCCAUGGAGUGGAAAAUGUAGAUACAAUCUCACUAUUCACCAAAGAUGCUCUUCAAAUUCACCCAACAGAGUCACUACAUGUAUCUUUAGUAAAACCUUUUCAUUUAACCUUUUAUGAUUGCUUCCUGGGGAGUGGAAUAUGUUAAUACAAUCUCAACAUUCACCGAAAAUGCUCUUCAAAUUCAACCAACAGAAUCCUUGUCUUUAGUAAAACCUUAUUGAACCCAUUUCGAUUGCUCACAAGGGAGUGGAAAAAGUAAAGCAUGGAGAUGCAUCUUCAGUAUAAAAGUACCAUUGAUAACCUCUACACAUGAUUAUGGAGAAUGGUUGUACACACAAUUAUCUAUGCAUGCAUUUUUGUAUUAUUUUUUAGAUGCACUGGAUGCGUAUGGUAGUUGGUCAGAUGCAUAAAAAAUAGCGACUGCUUACAAACAACUGCUUCAAGCACAAACAGUUGCUAGCCAUUCAAAAAAUCAAGCCUCUGCAAUUGCCAUAUUUGCCAUAACCCUUUGCUUGUGCUGAAACCCUGUUCUUGCAUUCAGAAAGCUAGCCUUCAAUCGCUUACGGUGUGAACAAUAGCAACGUCACGCUGGUGUGAACACGACUAUAAGAACAAUGGUGAGACUCAUGUGCAAAGGGUUUCCUAACAUGGCAGUGCAAAAUAUACCGCUUCUGUCUGACUCAUGUAAAAAAAAAUUCCUUAGAUGAGUAGUAGAUGAGUUGGGGUUCUCUCUCAGGUGCAUAAACAUGGGAAAAUGCGAACGCCCUGAUCAAGCAAACACUCAAGCGGCUCUGAAGGAGCUUGAAAAAACCCAAGCACAUGCUUAAACGCGCAAGCAAAAGUGUCACUUGAUGCAUGCGCUUUUUCACAAUUGCCUAAUCGUCAAGCAAAUGCUAGCAGGCAGUUAGCAGUUGCUUGAGAUUACUAUCAAAAGCAAUUGCUCAUUUGUAUGUAUACAGAAUCAAGCAAAGCCAAGCAAAAGCCUAUCAAAAGCAAUUGUUACAUUGUAUGCAUCUGACCCAAUACCCAGAAUUUCUUAUUCUUUCUUUUUUACAGAAUGAUAGGAUGUCCCCAUUUAUAGAGAUUGACGUAAGAAUGUGAUCUUCAUAGAAAACUUAUGAGAAAUACAAGUGGGAAUUCCCGAAAGUUGAUCAAAAACAUGCCAAAUAUUUUUAUAUUUUCAAGUUUGCCAAUACUAUGAUCAUGUUCUCAUUAAUCGUAAGACAACUCAGAACAGCUUUUGUUAGCAAAGCAAUGUAUUCCAUUUCAAUCAAUCAUGGAGUGAAAAAAUAUUUUCAUGUUUGUAAAAUGUACUCAUUGUAAAUGUUAUUUUAGUUUUGUGGUAUUUAACACAAAUUUGCAAAUUCUGAGAAAAAAGAAGCUAUUUUGUAAAACUGUCAUUUUGACAAUGUGUAGUCAAUAAUUUUGUCAACUAUGUUUAUCUUAUAUUACCGAUAUAUUUAUAGACCAAUAGAAUUGAUAAUAUAUGUGAUACUGAUCAUUCAAAAUAUUCAAUUGCAAAUAAUAGGGAUAGUCAUUGCAACUCUUAUCUUGUGCUUUUCAAACAGUCUCUCAUUUAAUGCAAAUUAUCACUAUCAUAAAUUUUUUUUUUUCCUUCUUUAGUGCACAAGUCAAGAAAUUUCAUACUAAAAAAAAUUAUUUCAUUAUUUCAUUUUAAUUUAGGCUAUCAUUUUUUUUUUCUGUGUGAAAUUUUCUCAGGUGAAGAUAAUAUGUUCAUUGUAACUGAUAAAAAAUUAACUCAUCAUGUGUUUAUCUAUCCUACACUGCACUGCAAAUACCUUGAAAUAUUUUAUGCUAUUUAUAUAGAUGUACUGGUCAUUUUGUAAUAUAAGAUGACGAGCUGAAUUCUGACCAUGGAAAUUUAUCUGACUGGUAGUGAGCGGUCAUAAGUAAAGUAAACUCCUCAAAAAGAGUUUGGAAAUCUGACUUUGAAUGAUAAUCCCUCCUCGGUUUGCUUAAAAGCAAACUCCCAUCAUUUGUUGUUUUAGAGAUAAUCAUACACACAAUGAAAAGUGUGUAAGAUUGUGCCAUGUAACGUCAGUUACAGUGAAAAUGCCCAUAAGAACAAACAUGCAUGGGUAUUUCAAACCACGACUCAAACCAUCUCACAGAACCAUCACUACAUAAACCACAACAAAACAUAAAAAAUGAAGAAGCAGGGGCUUGAUUUGAAUGGAUUUUUAUCUCUAUUGACACAGACAAAAGAAUCAUGUUCUGUAUUGACCCUUCAUGACUAUUUCUGCUCGUUUUGCAGCUUUUCAAUUCAGACCUCAUCCAACACUUUUGAAUCCUGCUCUUUCCAUGAUGGCAUGAUCAUAGCAAGCAUGGUAUCAUUUUAAAGAAAAUUAAAUGAUCUUUUGAAUGAUAUCAAAUGUGCAUUGUGUAAAAUCAGGAGUUGGGAGAAAUUAAUGGCCAAACUCAGAUUUCCAAACUGUUUUUGAGGGGUUUAUAAUGUCCAGUCAUGGUUUUGGGAUUAGGAUGGUUAUCAAAUAACAAGAAUCCACAAUACUAUCUUAAUAUUUAAUAAACAUUAUUUUCCUUGGGCAUUUUUUUUACCUUUGAAACAGUGUGAACUCCCUUGGCCAUGUCUUGGUUGCGCCCCGAAGAUACUUUGUGUGUGUAAUUCUUACUAAUGCACAUUUAAAAUGAUGGGCAACAUACACUGUGUUGGGUAAUGUAUGUUGGUAAAAAUAUAUAUAUAUAUUCUGGGCAAUUAUUAUCCAAUUGAGCAAAUUUAUUACCCAAUUAUUAGUUUUUAUUACCCAAUUUGGACAGAUUCUAACC